AGGAAGUCUUGCCUAACUGGAGGAUGCAUUUCUAGUAAUUCUCAACUUUAUUCAACCUCAACAAAUACGGUAGACUUAACAAAUAGGAAUAUUGGACAUUUGUUCUUGGAAUUCUAGUAUGUUUGUAUAAGGAUGUUUCUUUUAAUUGUGGAUGUCUAUUGUAAGUGUCAAAGAACUGCAAUAAUCCCAACAUUUUAUCUGCAUUAACACAUUUCUGAGGUGAUAAUCUAGUUGACUGAGAAUUUAUUUGCUAUUGUUUUGUUUUCUUGGAAUACUGAAAAAAGGUUGGACACAAUUUGAACAAAAUGUAUUUAUUUUGACAUUCUUGAUCAAAUCAAACAUUCCUUCUCUACUUAGUGAAAGUUAAAUAUCAAUGCUACACCUAUUCUGUAAUUCACAUACCAUUUAUCUGAUUAAAUUGUAAAUAGGAAAAAUAGUGUGCAUUGGAAAGAAAGGAAAUUAAACAUUAGCAACAUUGCCUAACAUUCAACCUGUAAGAUCUAAGUGGCGACCAGUGGGUGAAAGUGGUUAGAUAGUGAAGAUUAGAUAAGUGUUGGUCUCUGCCGGAGGGAUCUCUUCUGUACUCAUUAACCAUGACGACGGGUUCAGGGGGCCCAGUGGCCUCGUUCUCUGUGUGGGACUAUGUGGUGUUUGUGGGCACAGUCCUGGGGGCGGCCGGCAUUGGCCUGUUCCAAGCCAUCCGGGGCCGCAAGAACACCAGCAGCGAUGAGUUUCUGCUGGGGGGCCGUCAGAUGACAGCGGUGCCCGUCGCCAUGUCCCUCACUGCCAGCUUCAUGUCUGGCAUCACCGUGAUCGGCACUCCAGCAGAGGCCUAUCGGUUUGGGGCGGCCUUCUGGAUAUUUGGCAUCUCCUAUGCCAUCAUGUCCAUCAUCACCGCUGAAAUCUUCGUCCCUCUCUUCUACCGCCUGGGCAUCACCAGCACCUACGAGUAUCUGGAGAUGCGUUUCAACAAGUUGAUUCGGGUGAUCGGGACCACCAUGUACAUCAUACAAACGGCCCUGUACACUGGUAUGGUCAUCUACGCCCCAGCUCUUGCUCUCAAUCAAAUCACAGGGCUGAACCUCUGGGGAGUGCUGGUGGCCACUGGGGUGGUGUGCAUCAUCUACUGCACCCUGGGAGGUCUGAAGGCGGUCAUAUGGACAGACGUGUUUCAGAUGGUGAUCAUGUUAGCAGGCUUCGUGGCCGUCAUUGCCAGGGGGGCUGUCAUCCAGGGAGGUCUGGGGAAGAUCUGGGAUGACUGCUACCAAGGAGGCAGGCUCAACCUUUUUGAUUUUGAUCCGGACCCUUUGAAGCGUCACACGUUCUGGACGAUCGUGGUUGGUGGCAGUGUGAUGUGGGCGUCCAUCUACUCCAUCAACCAGUCACAGGUGCAGCGUUACAUCUCCUGCAAAACCCUAACUCAAGCCAAACUGUCACUGUAUGUGAAUAUGAUUGGUCUCUGGGUGACUGUGAGCUUAGCAGUGUUCUCCGGCCUCACCAUGUACUCCAUUUACAAAAACUGUGAUCCACUCACUAAUGGUGAUGUAGGGGCAUUUGAUCAGCUGCUUCCAUACCUGGUAAUGGACAUCCUGGCAGCCUAUCCUGGAGUCCCUGGGUUGUUUGUUGCGGCAGCAUACAGUGGUACACUGAGUACUGUAUCCUCCAGCAUCAAUGCGCUGGUGGCUGUCACUGUAGAGGACUUCAUCAGGCCAGUGUACAAAAACCUGACAGAUAAACAGGUGACCUGGAUGAACAUGGGCCUCAGUGUUUUCUUCGGAUUUUUGUGCAUUGGGAUGGCUGCAAUAGCUUCACUGAUGGGGAGCAUUCUGCAGGCAGCCCUGUCCAUAUUUGGAAUGAUCAGUGGCCCUCUUCUUGGGCUUUACCUCUUAGGCAUGUUCUGGCGCACAGCAAACUCAACAGGGGGACUCACAGGGCUGAUUGCGGGCCUUGUUAUUACCCUGUGGGUGGGGAUUGGAGCUCAGAUAUACCCACCCUUAGCUGAUAAGACCAACCCCCUGCCAAUCAGUGUGGCAGGCUGUAACCGCACACAGGACCUGAACUACACCACCCUGGCCCCAUGGACCAGUGCAGUAACACUGACCCCUCUGCCUGAUGACCGUCCGGCUCUGGCAGACUCUUGGUACUCCCUGUCCUACUUGUACUUCUGUCUUCUGGGCACUUUGGUGACUGUGAUCGUGGGCUUGGUGGUAAGCGCUAUCACAGGUGGCUGCAAGCAGGAGAAGCUAAGCUCAGAUCUCUUUGUAAGGAGAAGUGAUCUAUUCUGCGCUGGCUGUGGCAAGGACUCAGAGGCAUCAGAACCUGAGAUAAAUGAAAAGGCUGGGUCAGAGCUGAAGAAGGGAUCAAACAACGCUGGAUUCCAAGACCCUCAGUUUAACAUAGUGGAGAAGGUCUCUAAAAUGUGAUGCUGCCACCAAGCUAAAUGCACUCUGUCAACUGGAGUGCUCCAAGGGAACGAUUUUUCCUCUCACCUUUCCGUUCUAGUUUUAUUGUAAUGAAAUUCAUUACUAAGAGAAGGAACCCCAAGUGUGUAAUAAUGCAGGUUGAUACAGUUGAUCAACUAGCUAGCUCAUGUAUGUUAGGCUUAACCAGCUAUCUAAAUCUUAUAGUUAUCAUAGCCAGAUUACUUGCCCAGGUGCCUCAACCCCCAGGGGGUCUCCAUUGAUUUUGUAGAGUCAUUAAAGUAUCAUAUGAACACUUAUAAGACAUGGCAAAAUGUGUAGAAUUGCAGGAAAUUUGCUUUAAAACUGUAAAAUGUUCUCUAAACCAACAAGAGGUGUGUGAACAGUUUAGGAUCCCAUGUGUUGUGAGGUGGUUUGUUACUAUCCCAAUACAUGACAAUAUCCAUCCAGCUACCUAGGAAAUGUGUGUGACCAGACCUUCUCAAAUAGUAGUUGAGCAUCCCUGACCUAGGCCAUGGAAGGGUACUGCAAUGUAAAGCAAUAGUUGUAAGGUAGGACUUUUCAACCAUGUGUUAAGAUAAAACAAUAUAUAAUAAUGUACAUCUAACUUAAUUGUCAGUACAAAUAAGCAUAUGCAGUUCACAUAUAAUCAUAUUUAUUUUGUGUUUACAGCACUACACUGGCUGAUA